GACCCACAGACAGGGUUUGCUGCCGCAGCAUGUGCGUGCACACCGGAUCUCAGAAGGGAGGUGGGACUGCCAUGAUCUCCUGGAUGCACAGAAGAGAGGAACUUCGUCAGGAGUGUAGGCGACACUGGACCACUGGAACCAGGCGAAUGACCAGGCCCUGCAGCUGAUCAAGGGCCUAAAGGCGCACAGGGAGCCAAAGGGGUCAAAGGAGAAGAGGGACCCGCAAGACAACAGGGAAUCCAAGGAGAGCCAGAGAAGAGGGGAAACUGUGGAUUUCCAGGCGCUCGAGGACCCAGUGGACAAAAGAUGUUCUACACUGGAGCUGGAAUGAACCCUGUCAGAUCCUUCGCUCCUGCUACGUUCAAGAGGAACUCCAUGAACCACUGGGUAAGAAAAAUGCAUACAAAUUAUGCAUAAAAACAUGCUCAUAGUCUCGCAUUGUUUGUAAAUUACUUUCAAUUCAGAUAUAAUAGAUGUAAUAGUGUUGCAUUGUUUUAGUCUUUUACAGAAUGCUCAAUGCACUGCAUGUAUUUCUCAGCUGCUCACAUGUAACUAUAAUAUGGUUUCUGUUCUUCCCUCCUCGUGCCUGCGCCCGUCGGUCCGUGCCUCCGUCCAGCCAGCUGUGCGUGCAUCCGUCUCUGUGUCCGUGCCUACGUCUGGCCGGCAGUGCGUCCGUCCGUGCGUCAGUCGGUCUGUGCGUCCGUCCUUGCUUCCGUCUCUGCCCAUGUCCGUGCCCACGUCCGGCCGGCUGUGCGUCCGUCCGUGCGCAAGUCAGUCCGUCUGUGCGUCCGUGCCAACGUUUGGCCGGUCGUGCUUCCGUCCGUGCCUACGUCUGGCCGACUGUGCGUCCGUCUGUGCCCACGUCCGUGCCACCGUCCGGCCGGCUGUGCGUCCGUCCGUCCGUGCGUGCGUCAGUCCGUUUCUGCAUCCGUGCCUACAUCUGGCCGGCCUUGCAGCCGUCUGUGCGUGCGUCAGUCCGUCUGUGCGUCCGUGCCAGCGUUUGGCCGGGCGUGCUUCCGUCUGUGCCCACGUCCGUGCCCACGUCCGUGCUUACGUCUGGCCGGCCGUGCGUCCGUCUGUGCCCACGUCCGUGCCCACGUCCGUUCCGUCUGUGCGUCCGUCUGUCCGGCCGUCUGUGCGUCCGUCCGUCCGUGCGUCAGUCCGUCUGUGCGUCCGUGCCUACGUCUGGCCAGACGUCCAUCUGUCUGUGCCCACUUCUGUGCUUCCAUCUGUCCGUGCCUCCGUCCGGCUGGCUGUCCGUCCGUGUGUGCGUGCCCACGUCCGUGUGUGCAUGCGUGCGUCUAUCUGUCCAUUCGUCCGUCCGUCUGUGCAUCCGUCCGUGCCUACGUCCGUCCGGGCCCAUGUCUGUGCGUCCGUGCGUAUGUCAGUCUGUUUGCCCGCAAAAACAAAAAAAACAUUAGGGGGUCUACCAGAAAAAUUGAGUGAUUUUUGUGCGUUUGCGUGUGUGUGUGUUUGUGUUUGUGUGCGUCAAAGCAUUAAAUAGUCUUCCUCCCUGUUACAUCUCUGAUAUGCUCUCUUUUUAUGCCCGUGCCCGAGCUCUCAGAUCCGCUGAUGCCACACUGCUAUGGAGUCCUACCCUUCCACCAAAGAAAAUUGGUGAAGCCGCCUUCGAUAUGUACGCGCCCAAGAGGUAGAACUCCCUGCCUCUUCACAUCAGAGACACUACCUCCAUCAACUCGCACAACUCUUCACCCUCGCCUAUUCUUAGCUGCUCAGGCUCCACAUGUCGUGUCCUGAUGUGCAAAAUCUCUAGUCAUCUCUCUUCCUUUUAAUCUGUGUGUGAUUACAAAGGCACUGAUUGUUUUUUGUAUUUUUUUCUCCUGUCUUUAUCCUUUUAUUGUCUAUUGUACGUUACAUUUUGCUUUUGUUAAAAGAUGGAAAAAAUUAAGAUAAUGAAAAGAAAUGGAAGAAAAAGGAAGAAAAUAUAGGUCCCCCAUAAGGGGGGGUUGUGGUUGGGUUUAUAUUUAAAAAAGCGUGUGCGUGUGUUUACAAAGAGAGAGUGUGUGUGUGUGUGUGUGUGUGUGUGUGUGUGUGUGUGUGUGUGUGUGUGUGUGUGAGAGAUUACAAAGCGUGUGUGUGUGUGUGUGUGUGUGUGUGUGGGAUUACAAAGCGUGUGUGUGAUUAUAAAGCGUGUGUGUGUGUGUGUGUGUGUGUGUGUGUGUGUGUGUGUGUGUGUGUGUGUGUGUGUGAGAUUACAAAGCGUGUGUGUGUGAUUACAAAGGGUGUGUGUGUGAUUACAAAGCGUGUGUGUAUGAUUACAAAGCAUGCGUGUGUGUGUGUGUGAGAUUACAAAGCGUGUGUGUGUGUGUGUGUGGAUGGGGGUGUUAAUAUGUGGUUUGAAGUGUUUGAGGACACUGAGAUUGUUUUUUUUGUUUUUUUUCUGUAUCCUUUUAUUGCCUGUUAUUGCAUGUUACAUUUUGCUUUUGUUAAAAGAUGGAAAAAUAAAUAAAAUAAAAUAAUGAAAAGAAGUAGAAGAAAAAGGAAGAAAAUAUAGGUUCCCCAUAAGGGGGGUGGUGGUUGGGUUUAUAUAAAAAAAAAAAGCAUGUGUGCGCGUGCGUGUGAUUACAAAGCGUGUGUGUGCGUGUGUGAUUACAAAGCAUGAAUGUGUUGGCGUCAUGCAGAUGGUCAUUUUUCUUAUUUAUUUUUAUUUUACACUUGUCAUCCCCCCAGCUGUAUUAUUUGCUAUGAUAUUAACCCCUCCUUGCAUCUGCACUUGUUGUUCUGUAUAUUUCCUGUGCACUUUGUAUUUGCUAGUGAUGUUGGCUAUGAUUAUGUCUUCUUUGAAAGCCGCUUUGGUUAUAAAGCGUCUGCCAAAUGUAAUGUAAUGUCAUAUUAAUAGACAAAUAAUCUGAUCUGCCUUUUCUGUACCACAAUAAAAGAAAGAGA